AUGUCCGCUCCGCCAAUUAGCACUUGGUGCAUCCAGCUCGUCCCAAGAAAGGAAUACAUCUUCAGUAUUCCGCCCUUUGCUGACCUCCGAAUCACAAAUGCGGCGUUUGACGCACAACUCGAGGAUGAAAAUUCGCGCUGCACCGUAAUGCUCGACAUACAAGACAUGUUCGAUUCGGACGAUGAGUCGAGUGAAGCCGGCGGAGAGAAAGAAGACAUUCAAAGCGGCCACAGAAAGUUUGCUCUGACCUCGUUGACGCCGGGAAAAAUUGAGUCUAGUAUGCAUGACAUUGUGAUCACUAGUCCCGCUCGCGUCAAGGCAGAGGUCAUCGGCAGAAAUACAAUUCAUCUUUCUGGAUAUUACUGCCGUACCUACAAUGGUGAAAGCGAGGAGGACGAUAGUGAAUACAUGAUGGACGAAGACGAAGAAGGGAUUGACUAUGAUGACGAUGACGAUGAAGGAUAUCCGCUUCAGGAUAUCUCAUCCGACGUCGAAAUUGAGGUUGACGACCUAAUGAGUGGUGACGAACUCCCAGACGAUUCCCAUCGUUUCGAAGAGGUAAUCGAAGAGGAGGAAGAAGCCGUCCCCGCCACCAAAAAGCGACCUCGUGAGGAAGAAGACGUACCUGAUAAACCCGCACCAGAGGCCAACUUGUCAAAGAAGCAAAAGAAGAAGCUCAAGGCUCAACAGGCUGCUGCUGCUGCCUCUGGCAACACCAACGUCCAAGCAAAGUCUGCCAUUGAGGGCCCACCACAAAAAAAGGUCAAAGCAGAGAACGGCACCGCGGUUCCAGUUGAGAAAAAGGAGGAAAAGGAGAAGAAGCCAAAGGAAAAGCAAAAAGAAAAGCCAAAAGAGGACAAGAAAGACAAGCCGACUCAGGCAAAGACUGUCGAGCAUCCCAAUGGGCUCAAGACGACUGACACUAAGAUUGGAGAUGGAGAAUUGGCAAAGAAGGGUAGCAGGGUGUCGGUUAGGUACAUAGGAAAGCUCACCAACGGCAAGACCUUUGACUCGAACACCAAGGGCUCUCCGUUCCAGUUCAAACUAGGUGCGGGCGACGUUAUUCAAGGCUGGGACCAGGGUCUUGUUGGAAUGAAAGUCGGUGGCGAGCGACGCAUAAUCGUGCCUCCCAAACUUGGCUACGGACAAAAGAAGAUGGGUAGCAUUCCCCCAAACUCUGUCCUCGAGUUUGAAGUCAAGCUUCUCAGCGUCAAAUAA